AUUAAUGUUAUCUUUUCAGAAAUAAAUGAAACAUUAAAGAAUGUAUGUGAAGUCUAUGGUUAUUGAUGGAUUUAAAUCCUACGGCCAACGAACGGAAAUCAACGGAUUUGACGAUCAAUUUAACGCAAUCACGGGUCUUAAUGGAUCCGGUAAAUCUAAUAUUCUCGAUGCAAUCUGUUUCUUGCUCGGUAUAACCAACUUAUCUCAUGUACGAGCUCAGAACCUGCAGGAGCUGGUGUACAAGAACGGGCAGGCCGGGGUUACCAAGGCCACCGUCUCGAUAACCUUUGAUAACCGGGACAAGAAACAGUCUCCUCUAGGCUACGAACACUACGAUGAGGUUACAAUUACUCGGCAGGUUGUUAUCGGAGGAAAAAACAAGUAUUUGAUUAACGGGAGUAAUGUUCAGAACAGCAGGGUCAGCGACUUCUUCCGCUCAGUUCAGCUUAAUGUUAACAAUCCUCAUUUUCUGAUUAUGCAAGGACGGAUAACGAAGGUGUUGAACAUGAAACCGCCAGAGAUAUUGGCAAUGAUUGAAGAGGCAGCGGGGACGAGAAUGUACGAAGCUAAGAAACAACAGGCUGAGAAGACUAUAGAGAAGAAGGACGCCAAGCUGAAGGAGAUCAACAGCAUCCUGGAGGAGGAGAUCAACCCAACCCUCUCCAAGCUCAAGGACGAGCGCGCUGCAUACUUCGAGUUCCAGAAGAUCCAGCGUGAGCUGGAGCACCUUACCAAGGUGUACGUGGCUUACCAGUUCGUUUGCGCCGAGGAGACCUCCACGAAGUCAGCUGAAGAAUUUAAACAGGUUGAGGAGAAACUUAGUGAGCUCCAGGAGAGUAUUGUAGCAGGGGAGGAGGAGCUUCUCCAGCUGGACCAACAGAUCGCGGAGCUUAUCAGAACCAGGGAGAGUGCUGUGAAGGGGGACCUCCAGGAGAAGGAGAAGGAGUUAAAGGAGAAGGAGAAGAACAAGGUUAAAGCCUCCUCCCACCUCAAGACCCUGCAGGAUAAUAUCAAGCAGGAAGAACGGAAGCGGAAACAAAUUGAGAAAGAAUUACAGGGUGACAAGAAUACUCUGGCAGCCAAGGAGGAGUCCUUGGGUGGUAUGCAGGACGUGUACGACACCCUCAGGAAGGAAGACGAUAACUGUCAAUCUUCUCUGAAAGCAGCGGAGGCCCGGCUCCAGGCCAUCAACGUUGGGCAGUUUUCCUCCGAGAGCGGAGAGUCUGCCACCCUCCAGGAUCAGAUUAUUAAGACCAAAGAGGAGAUUGCGACUGCAGAGACGGAGAUUAAGACGGCCGACUCCAAGAUCAGAGCUAACACGGAGCAGUUGAACAAGAAACAAAUAGAGAUGAAGAAAACCGAAGCUGAGUAUAAAAGAGACAGUUCUUCUCUAGGGAAGGUAGAGUCUGAUGUGGCAGAGCUGGAAAGAAAGCUGGGAAAGAUUGAUUAUGAAGAAGGAACCGCGGAGAGGUUAGAAGUAGAACAACGAAGUUUGAAGAUGGAAGUAAACGCUCUUAAAUCCAAGGUGGAAGGAGUAGAAACUCGACACCGAAUCAACUUCCAGUAUAACGAUCCUCAUCCUAACUUUGACCGGAGAAAGGUCCGUGGUAUCGCUGCAACCCUCUUCACUGUGAAAGAAGAACGGUUCUGCCAGGCUCUCACCACAGCCGGGGGCGGCAAGUUGUACAACGUCGUAACAGAUGAUGAGAAAACUAGCAAGGCUUUAAUUGAGAGAGGAGGAAUUAAAACUAAUCAGACAUACAUCCCUCUAAACAAGAUCUCUCCGUUCGUAUUAAACAAACGUAAGAUAGACGCUGCGAAAAGGGUUGGUGGCAGCAAUGAUGUUUGGUGGGCGAAGGAAUUAAUUGAUUAUGACAAUUCUUUAAACGGAGCUAUGGACUAUUUGUACGGAGGUUUGUUCAUCUGCCGUGAUAUAGAUAUUGCCAACAAGGUCGCUUUCCACGCGGAGGUCAUGACAACCUGUAUUACACUAGACGGAAGCAAGAUCAGUCCUGGCGGAGACAUGUCCGGAGGAGCUCGGGCACAGAACUCAUGUCUACUUCUUGACCUCUUCGACGUCAAGGCGACACAGCAGGAGCUGUCCCAGAAGCAGCAAAGGUUGUCAGAGAUAGAACAGCAGUUGAGAAGGGUUGCUGGUGUAGCAGAGCAAUGGAACACGCUUUCUCAGCAGUUUGAGCUGAGACAGCAUGAGCUUGAGAUGAUCAGGAACCGUCUCAAGCAACAUACUCAUCAACAGCUCCAGGAGGAGGUGGAGAGACUGACCGAGGCAAUCAAGGAGGUCACUGAUGGUGUCGCCAAAGCUAAGACCAUUGUUAAGGACGGAGCCAAGAAGGUAAAAGAUCUUGAGUACAAGAUCAACAAUGCGGCGGAGCUCAAGGCGAAGGAGAUGAAGGAGGCGGAGGUGGAGUUAAAGAAAUGUAAAGCUGCGGCGGAGAAGAGUAAGAAAAAUUGGGCCAGCAAGGAACAAGAAGAAGAAGCAAUAAAGCUGGAACUGACAACCUUGAAAGCUAGUAUUGACAGUGCUGUUGAGCAACUGGAGAGUGUAGCUAAAGCUAUUCAAGGCUGGGAGAAGGAGAUUGAAGCUGCUAAAGAGGAUCUUGAGAAGAUGAGCGAGGAAGUGAAGGAAGCAGAGAAUGCAGUUAAAGUCCAGAAGGAUGAACUAGCACUCAGGAACACUGAGAUCAGUGGCAAGAAUUCCGCCAAGGAAAAAAUCCUGAAGAUGAACGAGGAGAGAAAGCUGAGUAUUCAGGAGCUGGCGCACAAGGUUAAGAAGGCGGCGGAUGAUCUGGAGAACGCUAAGGGCAGGGUUAAGAGUAUGAUCCAGGAUUACAGUUGGAUCAAAGACGACCGACACUCCUUUGGAAAACCGAACACUAUGUACGAUUUUAAAGCAACCAAUCCAACCGAGGCGGGGAAACGGAUUCAUAAGCUUGAAGGAGCUCAAGAGAAACUAAAAAAAUCCGUGAACAUGCGAGCCAUGAACAUGUUGGCCAAGGCAGAGGAGCAGUACAACGAGCUGAUCAAGAAGAAGGGUAUCGUGGAGACGGAUAAAAACAAGAUUAUGGAGACCAUUCAUGAGUUAGACAUCAUGAAGAAGGAGGCCCUCAGGAAAGCUUGGGAUCAGGUCAAUAAGGAUUUCGGGUCAAUCUUCUCCUCCAUCCUACCUGGAACCUCGGCUAAACUCCAGCCCCCGGAGGGAAUGGACGUCCUCGACGGUCUUGAGGUCAAGGUCGCCUUCGGUGGAGUUUGGAAAGAGUCUUUGACUGAGCUGUCAGGAGGUCAAAGAUCUUUGGUUGCCCUCUCACUCAUUCUCUCUCUUCUACUCUUCAAACCAGCUCCGCUCUAUAUCCUGGAUGAGGUAGAUGCAGCUCUAGAUCUUAGUCACACCCAGAACAUCGGGCACAUGCUCAAGACUCACUUCAAGAGCUCCCAGUUUAUCCUGGUCUCUCUCAAGGACGGAAUGUUCAACAACGCCAAUGUUCUGUUCCGAACCAAGUUUGUUGAUGGUAUGUCAACUGUAUCCAGAACAACACAGCACCAGAAUCCGUCCAAGAAAUAAGAAUAUCAGAUCUCGUAGUGCCUG